AUGAGAGCAGCCUGCGGCUGCACCUCGAGCCUGGUGCUGCUGCCUUCAUCAGCAGCAGCUGUCUCUUUGUCUCCUCCACAGACGGCAGACCCGCACUCGCACACCUACAGUUGGUAUCUUAGUGUAGGCGUAGAGAGACCCGGGCUGCAACCCGUUGUGCUAGCUCAGCAGCAGCAGCAGCAGCAACAGCAGCAGCAACAGCAGAAGCAACAGCAGCAGCAACAGCAGCAGCAGCAGCAGCAACAGCAGCAGCGGCAGCAGCUAUUUCAUGUUGUCUCUGCUAGUCUGGGAGUAACAGACCUGGUGUGGACUGCGGUGGAUGUGGCGGACCCUUUGGGGGGCCCCUCUGCUGCUCUGCUGCUGGGGGCCCCUGCUGCAGCAGCAGAAUACACAAACCAUCUGCUGCUGCCGCGCUCAGACUCUAUAGCCGCCGUACCCGCGGACGAGGGGGGCGUUGGGGCCUCUAAUGGCAGCAGCAGCAGCAGCAGGAGCAGGAGCAGCAGCAGCAAGAGCAGCAGCAGCAGGUAUCUGGUGGCGUUUGGUGGCCGAGCAAGAGAGGGUACUGGGGUGUGUCUAGCUGUUGCAGAGCCGCAGCUGCUGCUGCCCCCGCGGAGGCCCUGGGGGGGCCCCCCGGGGGCCUCGCGGGACCUUCACUGGGGGGUGUCUCCGCUGCUAUCUACAGAGGAGACAGCAACGGGUACAGCAUGUUUGGAGUUUUGCUGCAGCCAGGUGCCAGAGCUGCAGCAACAGGGUAGAGUAUCUCAGCUGCAGCAGCAGAUGCAGCAGCAGCUGCAGCAGCAGCAGCAGCAGCAAGAAUUGUUUACUACUGAUGGUAAACAGCUGCUGGAGAUACACCCCGAUGGCUCUGUAGAUAUUGCCUAUCAAAGGGCCCCCAUAUUAAGUCAUGCACAGCAGCAGCAGCAGCAGCAGCAGCAGCAUGAGCAGCAGCAGCAGCAGCAGCAACUCGCCCUAGAAGCAUUCUGCUGCACCUCAGGCUGCAGCCGCUUCCUCAUUGCUGGGGGCCUCUGGCCCUAUGGGGCCCUGGGGGCCCUGCAGCGCGCUGUCCCCUCGCGUCCCCUGGUUGCUGUCUCCGUAUCCGAGGGUACACCGAGGAUCGUGUGGGCCCUGCAGCAGCAGCAGCAGCAGCAGCAGCAGCAGCAGCAGCAGGAGCAGCAGCAGCAGCAGCUGCUUCUGGUCAGCAGCGACCCAAGGAUGGGCCUGGGGGAGACACGUUUGGUGUCUCUACGCAGCGGGGCCCUCGUGGAUAUAACAGCAGCAGCAGCAGAAGCAGCAGCAGCAGCAGCAGCAGCAGGAGCUGAGCUAAGCUCCGCAGACACCCCAGGUGCUGCACUGUCGCUAGACAGCCCCACUCUCUUUGCUGCUUCUCUCUUGGGGGGCCUCCUGCUGCUGCAGCUGACAGCAGAGGAGCUGCGCGUGAUGGGGCCCCUGGGCUCCUCUCUCCUGUGCCCCCCAAUCGAUAUGACGGAGGCACCCGUGCAGCAGCAGCAGCAGCAGCAGCAGCAGCAACUGGAGCAGCGGGAGCAGCAACUAGAGCAGCAGCAGGAACAGCAACUAGAACAGCAGCUACAGCAGCAGCAGCAGCAGCAGGAGGAGGGACAAGAGGGGCAAGGGGAGCGAGAGCUGCUCGAAGAGGAGCAGCUGCUGCAGCAGCUUGAGCAGCAGGAGGAGGAUGAGGAAGAGCAGCAGCAGCAGCAGCAGCAGCAGCAGGAUGAGGAGACAAACGGGGACACAUUGCCUCUCUCCCCUGCAGCAGCAGCAGCAGCAGCAGCAGCAGCAGCAGGAGCAGCAGGAGCAGCAGAAGGGACAGAAGAGACAGCAGCAGAAGACAUGUCUCCGUAUAUGGAGACUGGCUGGGCUGCAGCAGCAGGGGGCCCCCAGGGCAGCUUUGCUGCUGCAGUCAGAGGCAGCGCAGCAGCAGAUUGGGUGUGUGCUGUUCUGGAUGACUUCCGUCUGCGUCUGUGGCGAAUAGACCUUGCUGCUGCAGGAGGUUCCUUCGUCUGCGAUGCCUUGCUGCAUGCGGGGACAGCCCCUGCAGCAGCAGCUGCUGCUGGUAUGGUGCACCCGCAUCUUGCGACGCAGCAACAGCAGCAGCAGCAGCAGCAGCAGCAGCAGCAGCAACUGCUGCAGGAGGUUCCUUCGUCUGCGAUGCCUUGCUGCAUGCGGGGACAGUGUAUCUUCAGCUCCGUGGAUCUCCGUUUGGUGUCUCCGCUGCUGCGUAGCUGCGGCUCUUGCGCGCAGCUGCAGCUGCAGCAGCUGCUGCUGCAGCAGCACCAACACAUACACCAACACACCCAAGAUCUCGCGGCCUCAGCAGAGGCAGCAGCAAACAGCAGCAGCAGCAGCAGCAGCAACAGCAGCAGCAGCAGCAGCAGCAGGAAUGCUGGGCCCAUGGCUGUGGACUCCGCUGAUAUUUUGCGGUCUCCUGGUGACGGUGAAGACGCGGAGAUGGGGUCCCCUCAGCAGCAUACUGCAGCAGCAGCAGCAACAGCCAGAGCCGCAGCAGCAGCAGCAGCAGCAGCAGCAGCAGCUCUUGCUGAAGAGGGAUUGAUAGAUGCAAGACGGUCAGUAACAUGUGUCUCUGCUGACCCUCUGCCGCUCUCCCGUGCAGCUGUCUCUGUUGCGGGUGGAGCUGCUGCUGCUGCUACUGCAGCAGCAGCAGCAGCAGCAGCAGCAACAGCAGCAGCAGCAGCAGCAGCAGCAGAAUCAGAAGAGCUGCAAGAGGAAGUGCUGAAUGCAGAGCUCGUGCUGCUGGACCCCUCCACCGACGUGGGCCCCACGCUGGUGGUAUUCUUGACGGGGAGGCCCCCGCUGCUGUAUCGGGGUUUUGCUGCUGUCUCUGCUGCUGCACCUGCUGCUGCUGCUGCUGCAGCAGAGACAACAGCAGCUGCUGCAGGGGGGCUUGAGGAUGCGAGCGAAGGAGACAGAAAGGAGACACUGCAGCAGCAGCAGAGCUCUGUCUCCUUUCCCUCGGCCUUCAGCCUCGUACCCCACAGCUGCACGGAGUGUAUCCCCUCGCUUCAGAGGCCCCCAGCAGCAACAACAGCAGCAGCAGCAGCAGCAGCAGCAGGAGAUGCGGGUGCUGCUGCUGCAGAGCCUUCUGUACAGUUCGCUGUCUCCUCGGGAUACACCACAGCAGCGCAGCAAGUGCUGCAGUGGGGUGGGGGUGUCUCCUUGGUUGUCCCCCCGUUGCCUUUGCCUGAGCUCUCUAACCCUGCGCAGCAGCAGCAGCAGCAGCAGCAGCUGCUGCUGCAGCAGCAGCAGCAGCAGCUACCAGUUCUAUGGCUCUGCAGCAGCCGCAACGAGCUGUACGUACACCCCAGCGAACGCAGAGAUAUACUCAGUGCUGCUGCUUUUGUUUGGGGGGGGGGGCCCCCAGGGGCCUUCGCUCUGCUGCACAGCAGGGGCUCGUUGCUGUGUCUGUGUGACGUGGGUUCUCCCUUUGACGGUAGUUGCUGCUGGCCGCAUGCAGCAGCAGCAGCAGCAGCAGCAACAGCAGCAGCAGAAGCAGCAGCAGGAGCAGCAAAAACUUUCGGACCCUACAGACUCGAUGGGCCCCUACCUUUCUCCUCCUUCUCUUUGGGGGCCUCCACCACCCACGUAGCUGUCUCCUCUGGCUGUGAGUAUGUAUUGCCUGCUAACUAUCUCUCGGACCUAGCAGCAGCAGCAGCAGCAGCAGCAACAACAUCAGCAGCAGCAGCAGAAGCAGCAGCAGCAGCAGCAGCAGCAAGAGGGGGACGGCUGGUUGCUGUCUCCGUAUAUCACCCCACAGAAGAAACAGAACAAAUCAAAGAAGUGCUGCGGGCCCGCAACGUGCUGCAGCGGGCGCAUCUGUUGCUGCAGGGUCGUUCAGGCUCAGCAGCAGCAGCAGGAGCAGCAGCAGCAGCAGCAGCAGGAGGAGCAGCAGCAGGAGACGGAGUAUUAUAUGAGGAUAAUAGUAUAUGUUAUGGGGCUGCAGCAGCAGGAGACAGCCUAUAUAAUAAUAAAAUACAACCAAACCCCUAUCUCUCUGCAUGCGUUGACGGCAGAGUAGAGGUAGAGGGAGAGGUGGGGAGACAGUACGAAAUUCUUCUCUUUCAUCAAGACUACCUCCACACGCCCCUGGGGUCAUUCCUACUGGGCCCGUGUGAGGCCGUGCUGUCUCUGCAGUUUGUCUCUAUAGACGCAGUAGAGUUUCUUGCUGUGGGUGUGGGGCAGCCGCUGAGCGAGGCGGUGGAGACAGAGGGGCGGCUGCUGCUGUUGCUUUUUGUGUUUGAGGGCCCUGUCUCCGUCGUUGGGGACUUCGCGCCGUCUGCUGCAGAGAGACACUACCUGCUGCACUCCGUUGGUAAACGCCUAUUCAUACAUGUAAGCAGCAGCAGCAGCAGCAGCAGCAGCAGCAACAGUAGUAGUAGUAGUAGUAGCAGCAGCAGCAGCAGCAGCAGCGAGAGUCGUGGUAGUAGCAGCAGCAGCAACAGUAGCUGUGGUAGCAGCAGCAGCAGCAGUACAAGGAGCUGCAGCAAAAGCAAGGGAGACAGGAGACACCCGAGAUGUUGCGGGCAGAAAGGAGGGGGAGAGAGAGGAGACAGACAUAAUGUAAUAGAUAGAGAGAAAGGAGACAGAUAA